UUUAAAAGUCCUAUUCAAGUCUCCAAACACUCCAAUUUUGUACUUGAGUUUUAAUAAGAUAGAUGUUACGGAUUAGCAAACUUAGGAAUAACCAAAUUGAAAACGAAUCAACUGUUUGGUAAGGUCCACUGGUUCAGUACAAUUUCAGUUUCAAUUUCGUUACUGAUAAAGCAUUAACAUUUUUCAAAUAGGGGAAUUUUGACAGGAAAGUACACCAAUCGAUAAUUCGUUUGGUUAAACCGAGUCAAAUAAGAAUUCUAUAUUCCUCUUUAUAUAUAUAUAUAUAUAUAUAUAUAUUUGUAACACUCUUCUUUAUAUUCUUUCCUCUUUUAUUUGGUCACCAUAUUCAAAAGUUAAAAAAGGAAUUGUUUGUAUGUAGAUAAGGUCACCUAUUGCUUUCCGUGAACGUAAAUUAAGAAACUAUUGUAUCAAAUAAAAUAUUGUGUUUUUAUAUAAUCUCGAGAACUAUACUUCCUCUGCAACACGCCUCAAUUAUGCGAGCUAAUACUUAAAUCCACCAAACUAUAUUUUAUCUUCAAAGUUUUCAACAUAAUCUCUUUUUUAUGCAACGAGCUUCUUUGAGCCUAAACAAGAAUACAGACAUUAAACGUUUGAAAUAUUAUGGACGAAGCAGACAAGAAAGUAACGAGGUGUUUCAGCUGCACGAGAACAAAGAAAAAGAAGAACAAAGAGGAUGAGAAAUUAAUUGCAUCUAGAGGAAUCGCAAAGAGAUGGAGGGAUCUGAGUGGCCAAAACCAUUGGAAAGGGUUGUUACAGCCGUUGGAUCAAGAUCUUCGGCAAUAUCUAAUACAUUACGGCGAGAUGGCUCAGGCUGGCUAUGAUACUUUCAACAUAAACACCCAAUCUAAAUUCGCCGGCUCUAGCAUUUACUCCAGAAAAGAUUUCUUCGCCAAGGUUGGUCUAGAGAAAGCGCAUCCGUAUACAAAGUACAAAGUGACUAAGUUUCUAUUCGCGACAUCACAGAUCCACGUGCCUGAGUCAUUCCUAUUGUUCCCAGUGUCACGCGAAGGAUGCACAAAGGAAUCGAACUGGAUAGGCUACGUGGCGGUGACAGACGACCAAGGCACGGCGGCUCUUGGUCGAAGAGAUAUAGUUGUCGCUUGGAGAGGCUCAGUGCAACCACUUGAAUGGGUCAACGACUUCGAAUUCGGUUUCGUGAACGCCAAAAAGAUCUUCGGUGAGAAAAAUGAUCAAGUACAGAUUCAUCAAGGUUGGUACUCAAUAUACAUGUCAAAGGACGAAAGGUCACCUUUUAAUAAGGCUAAUGCUCGUGACCAGGUAUUGCGAGAGAUUGGGAGAUUGUUGGAGAAGUAUAAAGACGAAAAGAUCAGUAUAAGUAUUUGUGGUCAUAUCCUUGGAGCUGCCAUCGCGACGCUAAACGCUGCCGAUAUUGUGGCUAAUGGUUAUAACCGACCAAAGAGCCGUCCUGACAAAUCUUGUCCCGUUACGGCCUUUGUCUUUGCUAGUCCUCGUGUGGGCGAUUCUGACUUUAAGAAACUCUUCUCCGGAUUGAAAGAUCUCCGCGUGUUACGGGUAAGGAAUCUACCGGACGUAGUUCCAAUCUAUCCACCCUUAGGUUACGCUGAAGUCGGAGACGAGCUUCCAAUAGACACAAGAAAGUCACCAUACCUGAAAUCUCCAGGAGACCUGGCGACGUUUCACUGCCUAGAGGUUUACUUGCACGGCCUUGCGGGAACCCAAGGGACGAGCAAAGCUGACUUAUUCAGACUCGAUGUGAAAAGAGACAUCGGACUGGUCAACAAAUCAGUGGAUGGGUUAAAAGAUGAGUAUAUGGUCCCAGGACAUUGGAGGAUUCUCAAAAACAAAGGUAUGGUACAACAAAACGAUGGGUCUUGGAAGUUAAUGGACCAUGAGAUUGAUGAUAAUGAAGAUUUUGAUUUCUGAUUUUUAUUGUUAUUGAUAUUAUUGUUAUGCAUUCGUUGUUAAGUGUGUUGAUGUCUGGAGAGUUGUCACUUUUCACCUAUUAAACUCUAUCUAUACUAUUAAAAGGGAAGGAAUUUUAAAAAAUCUACAUAUAAAAAGUUAUUGAACCCUUUCAUUAGACUUAACUAUUUUUUUGGUCUCACCUUAUUUUUCUCUAACAAUACAAUAUUUUUAAUGAAAUCAUUUAUUACUUCUCAUUGUUUAGGAAACUGAAUAUAAAAUGAUAUUUAUGAAUAUAAAAAUAGACUCUAUGAAUUCGGUAAUAUUUUAUCAAAUUAACUUUCCGUAAAUUUUUUUUAUCGUAUUCUUUGAAUAUGAAAAUUUCACAAACCAAUAUUGCAUUCUAAUAUAGUACUACAUAAUAAUAGAAAUGUUAUUAUUGAAUUCUAUGUUGUUGUAUAAAACAUAGGUUUCUAAGACAACCUUUAUCAUAUAUUUGUAUAAGUUUGUAGACAAGUGUUUGAGCACGAUUUAUAACAUCUGAAAUAUUCUUUUUAUACAAACUUACAUAAAUAUAUAGUCAUUCUUUUUUACAUAUAGAUUCAGUAAUAUUCUAAAAGAAUGCAUUAUUGAUAAGUGCUAACCUAUUUUACCAGCUACAAAUUCAUAUCAUGUAAACCCAAUUAUUAUUAAUAAAAAUUGAUGAUGAAAAUUUAAAUAAUGUAUAUACAAUGUAUAUAUAAUAUUAACUGACUUUUAUACAAUUUAUAUAUAAUCUUACUAGAAUUGCAAAAUAUCCUAUAUUUAUAUCAAACCAAAUAUUUCAUAUAAAACAACUAAUUAAAUAUAAAUUUUAAACACUUAAGUAAAUAAAAAAUUAUAAAUUUAAAAAUAUAUUAGAAGUUUCAUUCAUCUCUUAAAAUAUUAUUGAAGAAUAUUUAUUUUUUCUACAAGGUCAACGAAAUGUCGGGUCACACUUGAUUGCAGAUUUUUUCGAAGUUUACAUGCUUUAAAUUAAUAAUUUUUCAUUAAUCUAAACCAGUUUAUGUACAAGUCAUCAUAUUUACCGGUUCGACCACGGAUCCAAACUUGAUAUAAAAGUAUUGUUCUCAUAUAAUUUAAAAUAAUUUAUUUUAAAAUAAUAGACAUUGAGUCUGAUCAAACCAUAUAAUG